GAGACGGGACACAACGCGCUACACGCUAGUGUCAGAAAGCACAUCAUUUUCAGUCUUUUUUGGACCACACAAUGGUGUCAACUUUAGCAAGAAUGUCAGCACCUAGCAUGCCUAGAGUGUUUGACCCAGCGUACGAGUAUGACUUCAGUGACGGAGACGACGGCAAAGAUAUUUACCACGAACAAGAGUCGGACGAAGACACUGAGGAUGCCAGUGAAACAGACGCAGCUAAGCUUGAAGAAGAAUUCACAGAGAUGAAAGAACAGAUGUACAAGGAGAAGUUAGCGUCACUGAAGAAGCAGCUGCAGAGCCUGAGUGACGGAACGCAUCCUGAACUAAACCGCAAGCUCAAGAAGCUGGAGCAGAUGUAUAAGGAAAGAUUACGUAUGGCAGAGGUGGCAAGGUGCUAUGAGAUCGAAGCUGUGGAGAGAGAAUUUAUCCGAGAGAAGAAGAAUGCUGUCAGAGAUCUUGAUCAAAAGAAAGUGGACCUGAAAGAAAAUCUAUUGAUUGAGCUGGAAGAUAAAAGACGAAUGAUAGAGGGCGACAGAACGGCCUUGGAGCUGACGGGUGAUUUCAAUUUAGCGGUGGAUCCGUUGGAGGUUAAGCCGGCCAGCACCAGGAAGCUGAGGAGGAGGCAGAACGAGCCGGUGCCUUUACCCGAGAAGCGGAGGAAACCCUCACCUGCUCAGUUCUGUUUCUUGCUGUUGGAUGAUGAGAUAGCUAGCGAUAUGAAAGCAUUAAACAAACAACUAAAAUCUUCAUCCACCAAGAAAUCCUCAGCUAAUUCCAGUGACAAGCUUCACACAACGGCCAACAACCACAGCGGUGGCGUUCCCAGCGGCAGUAACGCAGGCACCAGCGGGGCGCCUUCACAGCCCAAGUAUAUCGUCCGCAUUGCAGACAGCAAGCUCUUCUACGAGAAGCGUUGGUUUCACAGGGGGCAGAACAUCUACGUCGAUUCCAAAGACACUGGUAAAGUCAGUGCAGUCAUCAGCUCUAUUGGAACCAAUGAGGUUUGGGUGAGGAAAACAGCAGACAAUCAGAAGAUGAGGAUCUACGUCUCUCAGAUGCAGAAGGGCAAAUACAAGAUUAGGAAAAGGUCCACUUGAGGGGCGGAGUCAACCCCCCUCUAACCAUCCUCUUCCCAAAUACGUGAUUCCUUACCCAUCACUGGAAUAUUGUACAUAUUUUAUAACUAUUGCACUCACCCCCUCCGUUACACCAUAUGAACUAUUGAACUAUUGGCACUAACAUUGUGCGUGGCUUUUGUCUGCCUGCCUAUGGUCUGCUAGUUUGGGAGUCGAGUUGUAUGUAAAGAUAUGGGUCCAAUUUUAAAAAAGCCUGUAAGCGCAACAACUUGCUUAAGCACAGACAAAUAUCGCUUAGCAGAAACUGGUGAAGUUUGAAUUGUGGUGACUGGUACUGGUGCCCAACCUAUUUUUUUGCUAAGCAGUAUUUUCUGCUUAACAGCUUCAGAAUUUGGGCCCUUGUGACUGUGUGAAUGUGGUCUCUACACAGGGAUCGAAAUGAACAUUAAACCACAGGAUCUGAGGCCAGUGAUUAUAGCAUCUGAUGCGAUGCGGUUAUCCGUUUUUAUCAGAGUAUAAUCAUAACCAGAUCCAGAUCCAGCAUCAGGCCAGUGAACUCAAGCCUGGUGGUAUUUAUUUUUCAGUUUAUUUAAAUACCUCAUUUUGUAAUAAUAAUAAUAUCUUUGUGUAAAAGUCUAUACUUUUUUUUUAAAUGCUUUUGAGUAUUGAAGCACACUAUGACUCUACACACAAGAUAAAUGAGAAAGAACUUCUUUUAAUGCUUGUUCAACUCAUUAAGAAUCUGGUCUUGUUAAAUAAAUUCUGGUCCUAUAAAUAUGUUGAGCUACAAGCUCUGUGGUCUCGUGGACUUUACCUGUAAAUUUGAGCCGUGCUACACGGUAUAAAUUACAGGGAACUGACUCC